CUACUCUUUAAAGACAGGCAUUUCACUUGCAGUAAAAUAAUAGGAAGGAGGUUUGCUUGCUUUGCGCAGAGGCUGAGCCACAGGAGAAAGCAAAGCCAAUGUGAUUUAUUGAAUGAAAGCGCUGGACAAUUACCAACAACUUGUUCCUCGGCUGCCUCGAACAACCUCAACUGGAACUGCCGUGUGACAAUGACCCAAGAAAUGCAGAAUUUACAUCUGGCUCAGCCAAAAAAGCACAGCGCUCCGUCUUCUCCCAACGCUGCCAAGCGCCUCUACAGGAACCUCUCGGAGAAGUUAAAGGGGAGCCACUCCUCAUUCGACGAGGCCUAUUUCAGGACCAGAACUGACCGGCUGAGCCUCAGGAAGACCUCGGUGAAUUUCCAGGGCAACGAAGCCAUGUUUGAGGCUGUGGAGCAGCAGGACAUGGAUGCUGUGCGGAUCCUCCUGUGUCAGUACACGGCCGAGGAGCUGGAUCUCAACACACCCAACAGCGAGGGCUUGACACCCCUGGACAUUGCCAUCAUGACCAACAAUGUGCCCAUCGCUAGGAUCCUUCUGAGGACAGGGGCCCGAGAAAGUCCACACUUUGUCAGCCUGGAAAGCCGAGCACUACACCUCAACACUCUGGUCCAGGAAGCCCAGGAGAGGGUGAGCGAACUGUCUGCCCAGGUGGAGAAUGAAGGGUUCAGUUUGGACAACACGGAGAAAGAGAAGCAGCUGAAAGCCUGGGAGUGGAGGUACCGGCUCUACCGACGCAUGAAAACGGGCUUCGAGCAUGCCAGGGCUCCUGAGGUGCCAGCCAAUGUCUGUCUCCUGGUAACCAGCAGCACGUCACUCACUGUCACCUUCCAGGAGCCUCUGAGUGUCAACGCAGCUGUAGUGACCAGAUACAAAGUGGAAUGGAGCAUGUCCAAAGACUUCUUUCCUUUGGCUGGAGAAAUCAUCAUGGAUAACCUGCAGGCGCUGAGAUGCACAAUCACAGGACUUGUGAUGGGGCAACAGUACUUUGUUCAAGUUUCGGCUUAUAACAUGAAAGGAUGGGGACCUGCUCAGACCACCACACCGGCAUGCGCCUCUCCUUCUAGCUGGAAAGACUAUGACGACAGAGAGCCCAGACACAGGGGGCAGAGUGAAAUCUUGGAAGGGCUGCUGCAGCAGGUCCGAGCCCUUCACCAGCGCUACAGUUGCCGGGAAAGUUCAAAAUCACAAGCCACAGGCCGCAAGCAGUCCGUCUCUAGGAGCCUGAAGCACCUAUUUCAUUCCUCAAACAAGUUUGUGAAGACCUUAAAGCGGGGACUCUACAUAGCCGUUAUAUUUUAUUACAAAGACAAUAUGUUAGUCACCAAUGAAGAUCAGAUACCGAUUGUUGAAAUAGAUGACUCUCAUACCAGUUCCAUUACACAAGACUUUCUCUGGUUCACCAAGCUGUCUUGUAUGUGGGAAGACAUAAGGUGGUUGAGGCAAAGUGUACCUAUCUCCAUGUCCUCGUCCACGGUACUGCAGACUCGGCAGAAGAUGCUGGCAGCAACAGCCCAGCUCCAGAAUUUGCUCGGAACACACAACCUGGGCCGAGUUUACUAUGAGCCCAUUAAGGACCGUCAUGGAAACAUCCUCCUCGUCACCAUCCGAGAGGUAGAAAUGCUCUACUCCUUUUUCAAUGGCAAGUGGAUGCAGAUCUCCAAGCUGCAAAGCCAGAGGAAGUCUUUGUCAACCCCCGAGGAGCCCACCGCCUUGGACAUUUUACUGAUAACCAUCCAGGAUAUUCUUUCCUAUCACAAACGGAGCCAUCAGCGCCUCGCUCCUGGAUUAUAUCUGGGUUACCUAAAGCUGUGUAGUUCUGUGGAUCAGAUCAAAGUUCUCGUCACCCAAAAGUUGCCCAACAUCCUCUGCCACGUGAAGAUCCGUGACAACAACAACAUUUCCAAAGAGGAAUGGGAAUGGAUCCAAAAGCUUUCUGGCUCUGAAUAUAUGGAAAGUGUGGAUCAUACUUCUGACUGCCCCGUGCAAUUGUUCUUCUACGAGCUCCAGAUGGCAAUGAAAGCCCUUCUCCAGCAGAUCAAUAUACCUCUGCACCAGGCAAGGAACUUCCGCCUCUACACACAGGAGGUGUUGGAAAUGGGUCACAAUGUGUCCUUUCUUCUCCUGCUCCCUGCCUCAGACGACGUCUGUACAGCCCCAGGACAGAAUAAUCCUUACACCCCACACUCAGGCUUUCUUAACCUCCCUCUUCAGAUGUUUGAACUCGGUAUACUAGCUUGUUUCACCUAG